AUGAUUGAAGCUGUUGAUAGGAUAUUAGUAGUUGAUACCCCUAUUGUGAGUGACACCUCUAUACAAAAAGAGAAUCUUAUAAGCAUAUUUCCUUCCUCUGGAUCUAGUUUGAACCAACAUGGAGAAAUCAAUUUUGUCAUAGAGACGUGUGAUCAAUACCUACACUUACACAAGUCUUAUAUUUAUAUGGAAUGUGAACUAUUGAAACCAGAUGACACUGUGUUGGCUGAAACAGAUGAAGUAUCCUUGACUAAUAAUGCACCAAUGUUUUUGUUUGAUAGAUCAACUUAUAGCAUGGAUGGAAUGCAAGUUGAAAGUAUAAUGGAUCCUGGUAGAGCUAGUCUGAUGAAAGGACUUUUAACAUAUAGCAGCACUAUGAACAAGCAAAAUACCUUUGGAUGGAUUCUAGAAACUAAAGAUAUUAUUACAUACAAGAUAAACAAAUAUACAAAAAAUAGAAAAGGAAGUAUUACUUUCUGUAUCCCACUAACUCACAUAUUUGGCUUUGCUGAAUGUUAUAAUAAAAUUGUCUAUGGUAGAAAGCAUCAACUCACUCUCUACAGAUCUCCUGAGAACAAAAAUAGUAUUACAUCUAAUGAUGCUAAAAAACAUACAGCUAAGAUAAAUAUUAAAAAAUUACAAUGGAUUAUUCCAAAGAUUGUUCCUAGUCUUGAAAUGCAAAAUAAACUGUUGAACAUUUUUGAGAGUAGUAAACUUGUGCAGAUGCCUUUUAUUUCUAGACAGUUGGAAAGUUACAAUAUUCCUAAUGGAAAUAGAGAAUUCACAUGGAAAUUGGGAACGAAAUAUGAUAAAAUAAAGUAUAUUGUGGUUGCUUUGCAGAGCAAUAGAGAUAACAAUUACCUGAAUGCAGGUAAGUUUGAUAACUGUGGAUUGGAAGAAAUUUAUGUCGAGUUAAAUUCAGAGCGGUAUCCUCAUGAUUGUUUAAAGUUUGAUUUCGACAAAUUCAACGCUGUUCAACAAUACAAUUUUGCUAAACAGUUUAGAAACAGUUACUAUGAAUCAACAAAAGAUUACAUUUUCAUGGAAGAAGAUGUAUACUAUUACUAUUACCCAUUGUUGGUGUUCGAUGUAUCUAAACAAAAUGAUAGAAUUAUCCAAUCAAGACCUGACGUUACAAUAAAAGCUUCCUUUUCAAAGAGUAUUGUACAAAACACAAAAUGUUAUUGUUUGAUUAUGAGUGAAAAUAUUGUUGAAAUUAAAGAUAAUCGCGUUAAAGUUGUUAGUGUUUAG